AGGACAGGGCGCGAGCGCCCGGCGGGGGCGGAGGCGUAGGCGCACUAUCCCUCCGCCUUCUGGGGGGGGACGGCCGAGAAGCUCUGAGCUGCACCCCGGAAAAGAGGGCUGGGAGCUGAGGAAAGCAAAUCAAAACAAGGACUUGGAGCACCCGGUUGUGCCCCAGUGCUCAGAGGACCAUGUUACUCGGGGCUGUUUCUCAACAGCUUUUCCCCUCCUGGCUUUCUCUCUGAGGGAAGUCCCGGAGCCGGGUCCGAGGAAACUAAGAAGAGGAGCGAAGAAAUCUAGAGAAGAAGACAGGAGACGAACCCGCACUUGUCCCCGAGGAAAGAAGCUGAGGGAAUCUUUGGUCCUUUUGCUUUCUCUUUUUUCCCCCCCCAUGAACCAGGCUCGAGCUGGUCCCCGAGAAGAAUAACAUUUUUUUUUUAAGCAGAAGGGAAAAUAAAAGACAAUUCUUUGGUUGCUAAGAGUGAGUGAAGACUUUCAAAAUGGCUCAGGGAACCAGUGAUCAGAGUGCAGUGGGUAUUGCUGAUCCAGAAGAGACUACUCCAAAUAUGAUCGUCUACAGAAAAAUUGAAGACAUCAUUACAAAGAUGCAGGAUGACAAGACAGGCGGGGUACCCAUCAGGACAGUAAAGAGCUUUCUGUCCAAAAUCCCCAGUGUUGUCACAGGUACCGACAUUGUGCAGUGGUUUAUGAAGAAUCUUGCCAUCGAAGAUCCAGUUGAAGCAAUACACUUGGGAAGUCUUGUAGCUGCCCAGGGUUACAUCUUUCCCAUAUCAGACCAUGUCCUUACCCUGAAGGAUGAUGGCACCUUUUAUCGAUUCCAGGCUCCAUACUUCUGGCCCUCCAACUGCUGGGAACCUGAAAACACUGACUAUGCCAUUUAUCUGUGUAAGAGGACAAUGCAGAAUAAAGCAAGAUUGGAACUGGCAGAUUAUGAAGCUGAAAACCUAGCAAGACUCCAGAGGGCCUUUGCGAGAAAGUGGGAAUUCAUCUUCAUGCAAGCGGAAGCCCAAGUGAAGAUUGAUCGAAAGAAAGAUAAGACAGAAAGAAAAAUUUUGGAUAGUCAAGAACGAGCCUUCUGGGAUGUCCACAGACCAGUGCCAGGUUGUGUGAAUACAACAGAAAUGGAUAUCAGAAAAUGUCGUCGCAUGAAGAAUCCACAAAAGGUCAAAAAGUCAGUGUAUGGAGUGACAGAAGAGUCUCAGUCCCAAAGUCCUGUGCAUAUACCUGCCCAGCCAAUCAGGAAAACUACAAAAGAGGACAUCCGAAAACAGAUAACAUUUUUGACUGCACAGAUAGAUAGACAUCGUUUAAAGAUGUCCAAAGUAGCUGAAAGCUUAAUUGCUUACACGGAACAGUAUGUGGAAUAUGAUCCUUUGAUAACUCCAGCCGAACCUUCCAAUCCAUGGAUCAGUGAUGACAUCACUUUAUGGGACAUAGAGAUGAGCAAAGAGCCCAGCCAACAGCGUGUAAAGAGAUGGGGAUUCUCCAUUGAUGAGGUACUAAAGGACCAAGUGGGGCGAGACCAGUUCCUUCGUUUCCUGGAGUCAGAAUUCAGUUCAGAAAACCUCAGGUUCUGGUUGGCAGUCCAAGAUCUCAAGAAACAACCUUUACAAGAUGUGGCAACUCGGGUGGAAGAAAUUUGGCAAGAGUUUCUGGCUCCUGGAGCCCAAAGCGCAAUCAACCUGGAUUCUCACAGCUAUGAGAAAACAAGUCAAAACGUCAAAGAUCCGGGCCGAUACACAUACGAGGAUGCACAGGAGCACAUUUACAAGCUGAUGAAGAGUGACAGCUACACCCGGUUCCUUCGAUCGAAUGCUUACCAGGACUUACUACAGGCAAAGAAGAAGCCAGAAAAUGAGCAAGGUCGUAGAACUUCCUUAGAAAAGUUCACUCGCAGUGUGUGCUGCUGGCGCAGAGUAAGACUGGCUACCGCGUUUCACCCCAGAGGUGGCUACCUUCCAGCAGCCGGGAAAGUCACUGGUGGGCAAGCGUCUCACGGGCCUGAUGCAGUCCUCCUGACAGUUCCACCGGCUGAGACAGGAGCCGCUGACCACGUGGGCGGGCGGCGCCGCUCCACAUCUGCGGAGAGACUAACCUUAAGGGGCGAUCUGGUUACUGUGAAAGAAAAAGAGUGAGGGGGAGAAGGGAGGGGGAGGAAAGGAGAACGUGCCUAGGACUGGAUGGGGUGGAAAAUGGCGAGAAGAAUAAGAAACCAAGAGCAGAGCUGCAGAGAUGCCGCUUUAUAUAGUUUACAUCAACAUUUUCUUACCUGUAUAGCUUUGUUAUGACACUCAGUUCUCUCCAAGGUCCUUGUUUCUUCUCGCCUGAAUUAAGGGAAGAACGCCUCACUGUGAACAAAGGGUUUCCACAGGGCCAAAGUUUUCCUGCUAUGAAUUAUUACUUGCUAUCCUUAUCAUUGUUAUUGUUAUCACUCUUAUUAUGAUGAUAAUGAUUACUGUUCAAAAUAUCUUCCCUUAUGGGAAAGGAGAGAAAGGAGAGAUAGACUGAGCACAGUCAGUAUUCAAUCCCAAUCUCCCUUUUCUCUGGCAUACCCACAACUGUAAUAGGUACAGCCUGCUCCCGUCACGGCCACCCCUCUGCCUCCAUCCAUCCCCUCUUUGCGGCUACCUAGGCACAAUAAAAUAACCACCAGAAGCCGCUUGCACCUAAGAAGUAUGAUUCAUUUCUUCUGCACACUAAAACCACCCUAGGGGUUCCCUUCCCCCAUCCCCUCAAGCCCUUCACUCCCUCUGAGGCAGACUUAUAGAAAGUGCUCUGAUUGCCUUUCUCCGUAGUUGUUGCCUCCUGGUUGGGGGAAAUCAAAGCAUCCGUGAUUCCUUCUCCAGAGAAAGUAUCAGUGCAUAAGGGAGAGCCAUAGAUUUGUUAUUUAAGGCCUGAAAGAAGACUUUUGUCAUUUUGUCGUUGACUUCUUACACUCGUUCCAAAGUUAUGUUCUCUCCUACUUUAUUCAAAGACUGGAAGGAAUUGUGGGGAUAUUGGAGUUCUUCAGGUUUCACCAACCCAAGAGAAAGAUGAAAGAAGGGGAAGACUCCCAAGGGGGAGCCAACUGGAUAUUUGGCAGGUCAACAAUUCACCCACUGGUGAAGUCUCUCAAUAAGGACUCAGUCGUACCCAGAAGCAACACUAGUGGGAAGAGAAUUGACAAUACCCACACAGCGCAUCUCAAAUAUUGUGCUGUACACAUAAGGAUCAGAGAAAAUGAUACAGACAAAAUAAUGCCAAUUAUUUGGUGGAAGAACUAAAUGAACAUGGGCAAACUGGGUCUAGAUUACUUCCCAAUCCCCACCCCACCCCCACAGAUGUCUGUCAUAAGCUACCAUUUGCCUGAGUGCCACUGCUCCCUAGUGAACCCCAGAUAAGACUACUGACAAAUCUAUAGCCAAACAAGACUAUUCUUUUCCAAGUCAGUUGCUCAGUCAUCUCUCUUUGAUUUGUUUUCAGCCACAUCCCUUUAGAUAUUAUAAAGAGAAAGCAAUAGAAAUAAAAUAAUUAUCAUUAGUGAUUUCUUGAUUCACAUGUGCAAUCCUUUCGUGGUGACUAAAGGAUGCACUCAGACUUUGCACACCACCACUACCACCCCUGGACCCCGUUUUGUUACUUGUUUCAUUUCCCACCCAAACUGCUGAAUCAGUACCCUGUAAUAGAUUUUAUUUUAUCCAGUCAGAUCCCAGGGGAUCCAGCCUUCCAUCUUCCAUGGUUGAUCUGUCUUGGGCAUCAGCAGAUUUCCCAGUUUCCAGUCUUGCCAUACCUCAGUUUCUCUUACCUGCAAAAUGGAGAAAUAAGCAUAUUUGCUCCCAUUUGGUGGGCUUGGUGGGACAUCAUGCAAUAAAUAUAAACAUCCUCAGAGCACCUUGGAAGGCGGAUGUCAAGAAAUAAACUUAAGCUGGAAGGGGAUGAACUUGGAUCACUGUACCUGAGACCUUGUCCCACAUGUUGUAGCAACAACAGAUUGCCAGAAGGGGCUAUCAAUUCAGUGACCCCAGGGUAUAACCUGCAUCAGAGAAUGAGUAGAGCAAAACUACAGGGUGAUAGGGUCUGGGAUACAGAUGCAAAAAAAUGGGUCCCUUUCUGGAGUUUCUUUAUAGGAAUCAACCCCAGAUAAUUUAGACACUGCAUGCCCUGUGUUUGAGCCUAACUGUGGGAAAGGCCACAGAGUCGUUAUGUUCUUCUGUGUGCAUGAGCUGCUUGAGACACUCUCAUUUGACUUUUGACACCCCCCUCCCAUCCUACUGCUUUUCACACCCUGCUUGCUCUCACAUACAACUAACCCAUUUCCAAAUUCAGCCAGAGAGCCAGCUAGUAUGUCUCCCAGGUCCCAAAGCAUAGCACGUUGACUUCACCGUAUUCUUAGGUCACCAAGAGCAAAUAGAACUGGCUAGUGACAAAGGGAAGCCUUGAAAGGGGAAGUGCUAUGGGUAAAUCAGUGAAGUCCUCUACAAUUGAUCCUUGAGCACAAGCACCACAGUCUUCUUUCUCAAGCCCCAGGUGGCUUGCUGCCUAUAAAUUGUGUUUCUUGGCACUUUUCUGUGGCUCUGGAGUGGACUUUCCAGGUCAUGUUGUCAUCAGAAUUAUCAGCUCUCCAUUGAAAUCAAAGGUCCAUUGGAUGGAUGGGAUUCUCUAACCUGAGAUCUUGGUCUCAGGCAUUGUCACUGAACUAAGCCAAGGUCCAGGGAAACCUCUUGGAGUCCUAGUCGAGGACAUUUGGCCUCCAAUCUUUGUGAACUCAACAUAUUUGAGAAAGCUCCUUAGACCUCCAAGGAGAGAAAGGCAGAGGAAAGCUCAACCAAGAUUCUCAAAGUGAGUGGUCCAAAGCUCUCCUAUGAAGCUACAUCCAGAGUGCCUAGCCUUGGACCAGUCCUUCCACUAGCCUGACCUCUGUGUAUUCCCAGAGGCACUAGAGGGUAGAGCCAGACAAAGAUCCAAACAAAUUUCUUGUUGCCCUUGUCUAUUCCCCUUCAUUCCUACCUUUUGCAACAACGCUGAGUAUACUCAGUGGGCCCAAACUUUGAACCAGAGACUCUUCCCCAUGCUAGGGUGCACUGAUAAGUAUGCCACUGAUACCCUGUAGAAUGGAAUACUGAGGAAGUGUCAAGAGAAACAACCUCCACCCAGCAGGCAAAGUAAAUUCUCAGGAUGACAGUGCACUAAGCAGAAUUUCUAGGAUAAAAGGAUAUCUAUACUUACUUUCUCCAAUAGAGAGGAAGUAAAAAAGCAUGGGUUACCAGUAGGCAAAUUCCUAAUUUUCUUCUGGAACAAUUCUAUUACAUGCAAUAUAAUAUCAAUACCAAUACAACAACAUUUAUGAGUUAUCUACUAUCUAUAGUACUGUAUUAGGCAUUGGAGGGAGUACCAAAUUUAGACCAAUCUAGAUAAGACACCAUCCCUAAAUUUAAGGACUUUACAGUCAAGUAGAAGGAUAGAUAAGACACACACAGAAGUAACUGUAAUACCCAUUUCACGAGCAACACCUUAGAGAGGUAUCAGCACAUUGAGAGGUCUGAGGGAGAAGAUAUUUUCCAGCAAAAGGAAUCAGAGAAUGCUCUUGGAGGAGAUAAUAUUUGAGUUGGGCUUUAAAUGAUCAGUAGGAAUUCACAAGGCAUCAAGUAAUAUGCUCCUCUGAGCUAGCAAGGUGAGGCAUCAAGAAAGCUGUGUUCCUCUCGUUCUGUUAGAAGAUACGGGUGAGAACCAGAAAGAAAGUGGCACCAGGUGAUCUGAAUCAAUUUCCCACAGCCACAGGCCAAUAGAAUCAGUAUCAUCCAUUGGCUGGGAAUUUUGUUAGGAGUAUCCUGAGCUCUCUCUAUCAAAACCAGAGCCCUUCCAUCGAGACUCCAAGUUGCUGCUUUUACUCCAGGGAAGCCAAUAUUUGCCCUAGCAAUGAACCUUUUCCUAGUCUUGGUGUGUUCAAACUACCUCACCUCCUAGCUGAUGCACUAGGAAACUGCCACCGGCUUACUUCCUUUGCUAUUUACCCUUUUCUUUAAAAAAAAAUCCAUUUCUCUUCUGUCCCACUCCACAUGCAUGGAUUUCAAAAGUUACUUCUGAGAUCCUUGCAGGGAGGCUAGAAAGGGCCAAGCGACUUUAAGUUCUCUCGCUCUCUCUUCAGCAAAGUUUCACAAAGCUUCCUGUUCCCACUGAGCCAUUACAGUGAAUUAACAAUCAAGACGGUGUUCAUGUUCUCUAGGCAAAAGUAAUAAAGUGCCCCUCAAAAGUGCAGUGACCUCAAGGUCAAGCAUUAGUAAACACCAUGGUCUGUAGUAUAGACAAAUAGUAGACAAAUUAUGCAAUAUUUACCCGACCCAUGAUUCUGCCAAAGAGUUGCCGAUGCCCACAACCUAGAAAUGAAUGCUACACGGUAUUAAGGCAUUGUUGGAUAGUACCAGAUGGCAGUUCCAGGGUCAUGAUGUAGUAAAGUAGACUCUGUAGCAAUAAAGUCCCACAGGUUAGUACAGUGGAACAGUGCCAGGUUAUAAGAGUUGGAAAGCCGUGGAGAAAACUACGGGGUGGGGGGGGUGUUCAUGGAAGUAUACAAAUGGCAAUCUAGUCAAAUAUACAAGGGGAGGCACCUGGGCUCAGCAGCAGAGGUGAGACUCAAAUAUUACAAACUCUGCCUUUAUUUUGCUGUGUGGUAAAAGGACAUGUCUGAAUGGUCUCUACUGUACUGCAUGUGGUUCUCAGUAAUUUAUUAUUAUGGAUUUUGGGGGCAAUUGGACUCCAGAACCAAACUUGCUAGUGUGGUCUGAAAAUAAACAACUCUAACCCCACUGCCUACCCAGCUAAUUCUGUAUGACUCAAUGGGUGAGGGAGCUGGCUUUCUUGGGCAGUGAUU